CGGUCGUCGGCGGUCGCCCUCUCUCGUUACAAACCGCACUAUCUGGACGUCUUGCGUGGCACCUGCCGACCUCAACCAGUGACGAUCGUAGUCGCGUUGUCCACGUGCUACUUUGGCGGUCCAUUUUCAGACGCGCGAUUGACUGUGGUUAAGAGUGAGGAUAGCAAUCGUGGUUUUCGGUGCUUCCGAUCGUAACGUUAUUCAAUUUAUGCCAUUGUCAUUUUUUUUUUUUAAAUAAAAUUGUUAACGUUUGCCGUUCGAUCCCGGAACGCAAAAUCGAAGAUAUUUGCUGAUUACACAGCUAGACAUUUAAAUUAAACUUUGAUAAUAAAAAAUACGAGAUUGAAUCGUGAGUUCCCGCCUAAAUCAAAGUUGAUAGAAGAUCCGUAUGAAUCGUCAUUGCGGUUGCGUUAUACAUCACUCGUCGCGAUUGGAAAGUACGAACCCCAAAGCGUGCUGAACCGGUUAAGUGAUACGACAAGACAAUAUUGUGGCAAUUUUGCGUCGCAUUAGUGCAUAAGACAAAUUGUAUGAUGAGCGACGGUAUAGUCAGUGCAAUUGCGAUCAGUUUGUUCGGCGGCGAGAAGAAGCGUCGGGUCAGUAUGGAUGCUGGUUAUUCCGUUCUCAGUAGCGAUCUUGAAGCCUGCAGAAUGUUCGAUCAGUAUUCCUAUAAGAGAAACGAUAGCCUUGACUUGUCUUUGAACGUUCCACAGCAUCAUCAAACAUCAUACCAUCACGACAAUUACAAUAUGUCGGACCAAACUUUUCAUACACCGAGUUUCGGUGACGAAGACUUUGAUAUACCAACCAUUCAUCCUCAUUCGCAUCCACAACAGCAGCAACACCAUCAACAACAUGACUCUAUGUAUGGUCAGCCACAGAUAAUGCAAGGUAGCGGUCUGCAACAAUCACCGGAUGGUUUGAAUUUAGACGCCGGUGGAUAUCAGCAACAGCUCUAUUUACAGCAAGAACAUUCGAUGCAACAGAUCAAUGUCAGCUCAGCAUAUGGCAACUCUCAAGGUUCGUAUGCGACAAUGAGCUCUCCGCGUCAGCAGCAACAACAUAGCGGACAGCAAUUGUUAAUGUUGCAACAGCAGCAGCAGCAGCAGCAAGUUCAAAUGCAACACAUGCAGUAUAUGCAUUCUCAACAACAGCAGCAGCAGUUGCAGCAGCAGCAGCAGCAGCAGCAGCAGCAGCAGCAGCAACAACAACAACAACAACAACAACAACAACAACAACAACAACAACAAAUGCAAUACAGAAGUCCUACCGGAGGCAGUCCAACCACUAUGCAAGCCAACAAUAUUCCAGAGACGAAUAAUAAUACUACGACCAGCGAAGAUAGCGAUGAUAGCACUCCACAUUCUGGAAUGAUUGCUAUGGUCAAGCGUGAGCCACCGUCGCCAGAAGCAACUGACGUUGGAGCGAAGAAUCAAAGAAAAACGAAGCCACAGAAGAAAAAGAAGAAGAGAGAUCCUAACGAGCCACAGAAGCCGGUGUCAGCGUACGCCCUUUUCUUCAGAGAUACUCAGGCAGUGAUUAAGGGAAAACAUCCAAACGCUAGCUUCGGCGAAGUAUCUAAAAUCGUUGCAUCAAUGUGGGAUGCAUUGGACAUUGAACAUAAAAAUUAUUACAAAAAGAAAACAGAGGCAGCUAAGAAGGAAUAUUUGAAAGCUCUUGCAGCAUACAGAGCAUCUCUGGUAAGCAAAGGUGCAGGUGAAAAUGAACAAAAACAACAAACACAACAGCCGCAACAACAAAUGCAAUAUAGUGGAUACACAGGCUACGCCAACAAUACUGCGCCAGGAAAUGUUACAUAUCAAGUCUACAGCCCUCAGCAUCAACCUUCAUCGCCUCAACAGCAACAUCAGCAACAGCAACAAAUGACUGUUAAUAAAAAGUCACCCCAUCAUUUAGCCAUGCAAGGAACUCAACAACAAACAUUAAUGGGGAGUGUAAUGGCACCACCGCACAUGACACAACAGCAACAACAGCAUAUGCAACAACAGAUUUCACAACAAUAUAUGCAGGUGUCUCAGCAACAACAAGUGCAACAGGUACAAGUGCAGCAGCAACAGCAGCAACAAAUAAUACAUACAAGUCCACCAAGAGCAGAAUUUAUAAAAUCUGAAGAUUUAUCGAUAAAGUCUGAAACUUUAUCUAGUUCUUCAUCGCCGGUGAAUCCUUCACAAGUGGCUAUGACAGGACAAGUGCCGCCACCUUGUAUACAUCAGGGAUGUCCUAAUCCUGCUAUAUCCAAUAACGAAUGGGAGGAUGAAUACUGCAGUAACGAGUGUGUGGUCAGCCAUUGCAGAGAUGUAUUUAAUACGUGGGUGUCUUCAAAUCAAAAUCCUCAACAAAAUUAUUCUACAGUUAAAUAAAUAUUCUACAAGAAAUAAAACGCAGUAAUUACUCAUUGGCCUCACAACUUAAUGGCCUGUUGUUAAUCUGUAAAGUAAGAUAUUUAAACAGAUUUAUGUACAUAAGAAAGAGCUGGUGAAUAACAACUUUUUAAAAUGUUGAGACUAUUCAUACAGCGACAGAAAUACAUCAUUAGAGAAGUUGGCGAAUAGUUUGAAAUAUGAAUGGUAAUAAUAUUCAAAUGUGUUCUCUAUGUUUGUGCAUGUCAGCGAGAGAAUGAGAAGACGAGAGAGGGGCGCAAGAAGAUGAUGGCGAAAUAAACUUGUUCUUUUUCUUUUUUUUUAAGAAAUCUAGAAUGUAUAUUGAAAAGCCUUAUCCAAAAACUUAUUACUCAGGCCAAAGGUCUUUGUUUGUAAGGAAUGUAUCGCAACUUGAGUAAUUUAAAUAAGUGCAUUUAUUUACACUUACAAGAAGUUAAAUGACAACCAAUAUUUUUUGUAUUCUCAGAUACUCCUUACUGACAGGCAAAGCGUGCCAAUUGUACAGACAUUUGUUUCCUUUUCUAACAUAAAUAUAGUGUUGCAGUUUUUAAAAGUUCAUUGAACAGGAACUGGUUCUUUGAAUUAGAUUGUCUUAUCUGUAUUUCUCUGAAUUAUCUACUUGUCAUUUUGAUAUAGUCAACAAAAUAAUACAGUACAAGAGCGAAUGGGAGCCAUGUAAAAUGUAUAAGUAAGUGCACUACGUUCAAUGUGUGUUUCGUUCAUGUCGCGAAAGUAAUAGUUAGAUAAAAAGAGGACUAUAGCAUAUCAUUACACGCCAUGGUCACAAAUUGUCUUGUUUCAUUUUAAUGCGUAAGAUUAAGAAUAACAUUUAUAUUUGUUAAUAUAUUCAUCGAUUAGACAUAUAUUUUUAAUUGUUCGUAAUUAUGGAUAUCUUGAUUUGAAACAGUUAUUAUUGAUAAAUGUAUUAUAUACAAGUAUGAAAAAAUAAAAAUGUUGUAUUAUAAAU